GCUCGAGAUAUAUAAAUCCUUYGAUCAGAGUUGAUGGAUAAACGUCGCUAUCCUACUGACAUAUGGACUUUGUGUGACUAUACGUAGYUUUCACAGUUUUCCCUUGACAUUUCAGCUCGMAAGGCUACGAUCGAACAGCUCGAGGUAGUKGUAAGGRGGCUGRUAACCGAAAGUGUUGUCAACCAAACUACAGUUAGUAAUAUGGAUGUUUGAAUGUUCUUCAAAUACAACAUAAACCAGACUGAGGAAAGAGAUGUGUUUUGUCUCGAUAUCCAAUGGCUAAUAUUUUAACUUAAGUCACAUCAUAUGGAUUGCAGUUCACAAGGAUAUUAACAGUUUAUUCUGUUAAACUAUGGGUUGCUGUGGAUCGAAAUCAAGACAAUCAAUUGAUCUUGAUGAUUUUUACAAGUCCAACGAGAAGGGCAAGUACGCUCUGAGUGCUGGAAAACAAGGUAGUUACCAGUCCCUUAGUCAACUAGAAGACGUCCCGCCAUCUAACAAUAAAUCGGAAUCUCUGGACAAAUCCUACGAACUAUCCCUCCCUCAGUCUUAUAACACUUACCCACUAAGCAGUGAUGGGAGAGAGGGGUCAGUCUCAUCACUCGACGAACUUCUUGGCAAAAAGAAAAARAAGAAAACUACGAAAAAGUCUCAAUCAAAGGAAGCUCUAAGUUCUACUGUUAAAAACAGUCAAAACCUUGAAGAAAACCCUUCGACCGUAGAUAACCAUUUAAAAGUACCGACAUUGAACUACGAACCUCGAAGACGCAGUGUUGAGAGGUCUCUUGUUKCAGACAAGUGGAAAAGUGAACCUGUUCUUUGUGAACCAAAGGAAGAAACCCCUCAAACUACAUUGACAUUAAAGCUAGGAUCUGUACCCGACAUUCCAGCUGAGUCUUUACUGCCCAGUAGUGGACACUCGCCAAAGGCCUUCGGAAAACCAAAAUCUGUGGAUGAGAUUCGAAUGCGCGCARUUAUGGGUCACGUGAACUUUGAAGUGCCUGACGUCAGUCGCAUUGUCAGGUUGUAUAUUAGUUCAACGUUCACAGAUACUCAAGUAGAGCGAAAUGCSUUCGUUGAGCGUGUUUACCCAACAUUGAAGGAGUAUUCCAGGGAGUAUGGGUAUGAGUUCCAAGUGAUUGAUAUGCGUUGGGGAGUGAAAGACCCAGAUAUGGAUGAUCACGUGUUUCCRGAACUGUGCAUACGGGAACUUACCACUUGUCAGAAWAUUUCAACUGGGCCAACAUUUGUGACGCUGCUCGGUCAAAAGUAUGGAUAUUGUGCUUUCCCGUCAAAAAUAUCCACCGAUGAGUUCGACGCCAUUUUAACCGCUAUUGAAGACUCUACUAACAAAGAAUUACUACGACAAUGGUUUCUACGCGACGACAACGCUGUCCCCCCGGAAUACGUGCUGCAGCCGAUCACUUCAAAGUUCCCCGAUGCGUUUAGCUCGUCRAACAAGGAAGCAAGGAAGAUAGCGAUGAGAGGGUGGAGAGGGGUGUAUUACAAACUGCAGAAUAUAUUGAGAACCGCUGCAGCAAAGGCUUURAGCAAAGAGGCAGCACAAAAAUACUACAUAUCAGUUAUUGAGCAAGAAAUAAGACAAGGAAUCCUGAAAUCUACUGAUCCAAAUACCGCWUGUCUAUGGUUCAAACGAACCAUAACGGACCUCAAAGAAAACAUCAGUAGUGAUAAGUCAGACAAGUUUAUUGACAUCAAAGGAAUCCGGAAAUCAAGACGAAAAGGCGAAAGAAUCAAUCCCAGCGAAAUUGAUAAAGUUGCUCAAAGUCUUCUCAAGAACCUUAAAGAGAAAAAGAUGGCMAAAGUAUUGGACAAGUCUAACGUUUUCCCCUACGAAAUCCAGUUCUCUUCAAAUAAAGCUGGACAAGAGGCCAACUUGACACAUGUUCAGUUCCUCAGCAAACUGUGUCAGGACUUUUUUCUCGUUGUUAAACGCAGAAUUUCUGAUGGAAUCAAGAAAAGAGAAGCCAGUGASCCUACRAGCGACARGCUGUUUGAAGAACUUAUCAAGCAUGUCAAAUUUGCACAAAGAAAAAUGGCAGACUUUUGUGGACRAGACGAUWUGAUGARGAAGAUUCACCAUUACAUUGCAAACAGAUGUAGUUCCCCUUUGGUCAUUCACGGUGACACUGGAACUGGAAAGACGUCAUUAGUUGCUAUGGCAGCGAAGCAUGCGCGUUCUUGGGUCAAACAAGACGCUAUUGUAGUGCUACGUUUUCUUGGUACCACUCCUAACUCGUCCAACAUACGCCUUAYAUUGCGUAGUGUUUGUUUGCAGCUUUGUAGAGCAAUGGGYGUGAAUAUGACYAUUUCAAAGGACUAUCAAGAACUUGUUCGUGUUUUUCAAGACUGCUUGAACAUGGCMAAAGUWUCAAGACCAAUUUUUGUGUUCCUGGAUUCACUGGAAAACUUAUCACCAACUAAUAAUGCACACCACAUGGAUUGGUUACCAAGGCUGUUACCAUCCUAUGUUCACGUUGUCGUGACAACGUCCAACAACCAACAGUGUUUAUCUGCAAUGCAGAAGUUAAUCCCAGAUGCAUCGUGUUUUCUGGAUGUUGGUGCCCUGUCUUGUGAAAGUGCCUCGUCCAUUUURUCAACAUGGCUUAKUAAUGACAAGAGACGACUUACUGACGCACAGAUGAAUACAAUCAUGACUGCGUUUGCAAAUUCACCAACACCACUCUAYCUGAAACUAGCYUACGAACAGGCUGUGAAAUGGAGCUCCUUCACACCCCACUUCUCCUUAGAGUCCUCGGUUUCUGCAUUAAUCGCUUCAUUUUUGGACAAACUCGAGAGGAAACAUGGUCAAGUGUUAAUCAARCGCAUAGUAUCCUACCUWACWGUACAGCGACAUGGCUUAAGUCAGUCGGAGCUUGAGGAUAUACUUAGCUGCGACGAAGAUGUCCUCGAUGAAGUUUAUCGUUUCCGAGCCCCUCCGAUACGUCGCAUUCCAUCUGCGAUGAUAGUCCGAGUGUUCACCGACCUGGAGCCGUAUCUUUACGAACAUUGCACUAAUGGCGUUCGAUUGUUUUCGUGGUAUUAUCGAGAGUUCGAAGAGAAAGCAACCAAAAAGUACCUCGACACGAGUCUGCUGGUCAAAAUGGCGCAUGCCAAUUUGGCUGAUUAUUUCUACGGUCGCUGGACGCGAGGUGCCAAGAAGGACGAUGGRAAGGGAGUCUUGAAAGACCGCCAUGUUGCCACUCAACCCUUCAUGUUUAGUAAGAAGUUGUUUAACUUUAGAAUGUUAAACGAGCUUCCUUACAAUCUUCUACAUAGCGGUGAUGUGGACAAACUCAAGCAGUAUACUUUAUGCAACUACGAGUUUAUAUCAGCCAAACUACAAGCUACGUCUCCACGUCAUGUCCUGCAAGACUUCUCAGACGCACUCGCUGUGCAUCCUGCUGACAAAGACAUCGCCCUCGUCUUUGAAACGCUWCAAUUAUCACGUGAUGCGCUGAUAAUAUCGGCAGACCAGCUGUCUGCGCAACUCAUCGGUCGUCUUUCGUCAUCUAGAUCACCUAGUCCAGUGAUAGCACGAUUACUACGUCAGGCACAUCAUCCUGUAAAUCAUUCAUUCAUUCCCAAUGUACCCUGUCUGAAUMGACCGGGUGAAAAGCUGGUACACUCACUACCAGAUCUCGAUGGCUUUCUCACGGUUAGCUCUGAUACCACAAAGGCUUUGUCUGUAUCACGUGACAGGUUGAUAGUAUUAUGGGAUGUACGGAGUGGUUCUGUCCUGCAGUCAAUCGAGAGCGCAAGUGAUGUCGACAAAGUGUUGUUUUGUCUUGAAGACAAGCAUGUUGUUGCAUCAUGUAAAGGUGUAAUCCGACAAUGGUUCCUGAAAACAGCAAAGUUAAAGUACGAGGUAGAAUGCAUGGGRUCUACACCAAUAUGUGUUGGUAAUGGMGGUCAAACAGUCAUAGYUGUCAUUAAAGAAACCAUCAAAAUCAUGAAAGCUUCUGAUGGUAGUGUCUUGAAGGAAUUCCAAGAUGGMGACCGUGUUCAUAACCAGGUAGCUUGUUURGAUCAUGUUUUAGCCCUGGCGAACACCAAYCAUCGRUAYGUYAACAUUUAUGAUCUAACGAAUCAUGAAAUGCUCAAAUCUCUGCAAGUYUUCGGGGAGAACUCAARGGACGUAGUUAGYUCAAUGUAUUUGAGUCCAUUCCACGAAGGGCAGCUUAUAGUAUAUUCACAAUGGUCCGCUAAUCUAAGGGUGUUCGAUAUCAAGUCCUCAAACUGUCUUCAUGUGCUGGGCCCUGAUAUUCUGCACCCAACAGUAACCUUCAAUGGACGAUAUAUGYUGUGUACRAAUUGUUACAAUGACGUCAGUAUGUGGAACCUAGAGACUGCUAUGAAGGAACGUCACGUGAUUCGCCAUCCACCAACCACGUCAAUCCAACAAAUCAUUAGUCAUGACGCUAAGGUUAUUGUAACCGUGUCUGAUGACAAGCUGGUGAGAGUCUGGGAUCUAGAGCAAGAAGAGGAGUCCAAGGUUGACUUUGAAGACAAUAAAGGUGAUCACUGUAUUGAGUAUCUGGCUAUGAUUAAAAGCAGCAUCCAGAAACAAGUUGUUACMAAGUCCCGUGCUUCAGGACCGAUAAGUGUUUGGAACGUCAUCACGUGCCAACCAAUCAGGACGCURACCGGUACAAACACAGACGAAAUCCUUGUAGUGGAUGAAACACGUGCCGUGUUGCGAUCUGGUGCCAAGCUGGCGUUAGUAGACCUUCAGGAAGGCAAACUGAUUAAGAAAAUGCGCUCAGAAUUCUCCACCAAAGUUGAGAAGGUCAAUCGACAUGCAAGUUCACUAUACAAACGUCGUGACCUCGCCAUUCGACUUGCUGAGAGUCCACGAUUUAACACGCGAACCAAGUCAAAGACACGAAAGUUCAACGACUGUGCUUUAGUUGGUUCGUCGUWCGUGUUGGUUCUAUCAAAGGACAGGCUGUACAUGAAACUAGCAUCACUUGAAACAGGUGAGCCCGUGGCCAAGCUCAAAGCAGGUCAGCGGGCUAUYAUUGAGACWAUUAUGGUCAGCGGUAAUGGAGAAACCGCUGUGUGUGCAUGUGAGAACUUUCCUCUCCUUGUUUGGGAUAUCAAAGAACGGCGUAAGAAGUUUUCUUUGGAUAUGGACGGUACGUUCCCUCAGCUCGCUACCGCUGACAUCAGUCAUAACGGGCGUUACCUUGUUGACGUCACCAAACUUGACAAAAAGCACAAAACCGUUGUCACAUGGGACCUGGAGAYUGGGACGGUCAAACAUCUKAUUGGUCAGGGUCUUAAUGUUUGGUCAGUGGCUGUUUCAUCGACGAGCAUGCGCCUUGUUGUGACCGGAAGCAGUGGUACCGGRGAGACAAUACGCAUCUAUGACCUUGACAACGGUGAAUUUAAGUAUCAAUUGGGAGGACACACAGAGCCUGUUAAAGGURUCUGUCUGUCUAAAGAUGGACGUCGCCUKUUGACCUACGUACCACUGGGUGCUUGGGAUAGAAGUGUCUGUCUAUGGGAUAUAAUGACUGGGUGUCCCAUUGCAUCAUUCACUCCUGACCUUGCUGUAUCCAACUGUGUACUGAAYGAUGACGGUGAUCAAGUUGUCAUGGUAAUCAACAAGUCUCGACCAAUCGUAUCACUGGCCUUGACUCAYGAAACAGGUUCACGUGAAAUGUCUGUCGACGUGUCAAAUUCCUACUUCAACCACCCUACCCUCCAUGGGGCUGUCUUUGACAUGACGUCACAAAUGAACUGGGAAGAYRCCGAAGAUGGCGACUAGACAUCAUUUAGACUCAACGAUAGCUAAUACAGCGUGAUAACUCUUUAUUUUCAAACUGUCUAAAAUAUUGAUGACUAUGUCGCAAACAUGUUUUAAAUGAGCCAUCUAUUUUACUAAUUUAUCAACAUUGUAUUUUUUUUAAGAAAAGCAGUGAAAUGUGAAAGCUCUCACGCAUAGCUUUACUGCAAGCUUUCAUUUCUAGUAUUAUUAAAACAUAAUUUUGUCUGAAAGUGAUGUAAAUAWUUACAUCAAAACAGUUUUACUGGCCUYUUUUAAAAAGGGGAAAUGUUGUAGAGAUAAAAAUAUAAYAAACU